AUGGUGGCUGCAAUUACCGGCGUAGGGGUGCCUUGCCCCUCCAAAUUGAUUCAAACUUCGGUCGGUCGCCGACACAAGCGUUGUGGUUCAGUCAUCCGAAUGACUUUGACUGAGGAGAAGAAGAAAACCUUCACUCUCAAGAAAUCGGAGGAGGCUUUCAACGCAGCUAAGGAAUUAAUGCCUGGAGGUGUAAACUCCCCCGUACGUGCUUUUAAAUCAGUUGGUGGUCAGCCUAUUGUUAUGGAUUCUGUCAAGGGCUCUCGCAUGUGGGAUAUCGAUGGGAACGAGUACAUUGACUAUGUUGGAUCAUGGGGCCCAGCCAUUAUUGGUCAUGCAGAUGACGAGGUAGUUGCUGCUUUAUCCGAGACAAUGAAGAAAGGAACGAGCUUCGGCGCCCCUUGCCUCCUCGAGAACGUUCUUGCAGAGGCCGUCAUCUCUGCUGUCCCAAGCAUCGAGAUGGUCCGUUUCGUGAACUCAGGCACAGAGGCGUGCAUGGGCGUCCUCCGGCUGGCGCGCGCCUUCACGGGCCGCGAGAAGAUCAUCAAGUUCGAGGGCUGCUACCACGGCCAUGCGGACCCCUUCCUGGUGAAGGCCGGCAGCGGGGUUGCCACCCUUGGCCUCCCUGACUCCCCCGGCGUCCCCAAGGCCGCCACCUACGAGACCCUCACCUCACCCUACAAUGAUGUGCACGCUGUGGAGGCCCUUUUCCAAGCAAACAAGGAAGAGAUUGCAGCCGUCAUCCUGGAGCCCGUUGUGGGGAACGCGGGCUUCAUUCCUCCACAGCCCAACUUCCUCAAUUUCCUUGAGGGGAUUACUAAAGAAAACGGGGCCCUUCUGAUAUUUGACGAGGUGAUGACGGGAUUUCGCAUUUCGUACGGUGGGGCCCAACAUUACUUUGGAAUCACCCCCGACCUGACCACACUGGGGAAGAUCAUUGGAGGGGGCCUGCCGGUGGGGGCGUACGGAGGGAGGAGGGAGAUCAUGGAAAUGGUGGCUCCAGCGGGGCCCGUGUACCAGGCGGGGACGCUGAGCGGGAACCCGCUGGCCAUGACGGCCGGGAUACACACACUGAAGAGGCUGAGGGAGGAGGGGACGUACGAGUAUUUGAGUGACAUCACGCGAGAGCUUGUGGAGGGGAUCCUGAGUGCAGGGAGGAGGGCGGGCCACGCGGUGUGUGGAGGGUAUAUAAAUGGGAUGUUUGGCUUCUUCUUUCAGGAUGGGCCCGUUUACAACUUUGAGGAUGCCAAGAGGAGUGAUACCCACAAGUUUGGGAGGUUUCACCGGGCGAUGCUGGAGGAGGGGGUCUACUUUGCGCCUUCCCAGUUUGAGGCCGGUUUUACGAGCUUGGCGCACACCAGAGAGGAUAUUCAACAGACUAUAGCGGCGGCUGAGAAGGUUUUCAAGACGCUUUGA